AUGAACGGCCUCAACGGCGGCGCUGGAGCGCAGGCGCCCGGAGGCCUGGGCGGCGGCAUGGGCGGCUUUCCGGCGCCGGCAGGCUACUCAGCAGAGCUGGGCUACAUACACGCGAUGGUGGAGGAGCUGAGCCGGCAGCUGGCGGAGAACAAGCGGGUGUUGGACGACGUGGUGACGGGAGUGGGCCGUGUGCGGAAUCGAGCGAGGACGCAGCAGGUGGGCAACGAGUCGCUGAUUGCGGCGGCGGUGGAGGACCUGCAGAACCAGGACCUCAACCUCGACGAGACCAUCUCGGUGCUGUCGGAGGCGCUCGAGGCAGCCAAGCACUCGAAGGAGGCCAACGCGGCGCUGGCGGCACAGUACGCGACGACUCUGGCAGACAUGCUGAAGCAGUUCCACGCGUACAAGCAGCGGCACGUGGCGGACGUGGCGGCGUGGCACCGCAGCUACCGGCACCAGCUGGCCGAAGCGCGUGCCGAGAACAGCCGGCUGCGUGAUCAGAUCUGGGACCUGCAGCGACAUGCCGGCACGGCCAACGCGAUGCUGCGCGACUUCCGGCGACGCUACGACGAGGACCCCAGCCGCUGGGAGCGCCGGGUGCAGGAUCGGGCCCAGCGCCAGGAGCUGCGCUUCUGGAAGCGCAUGGCCAUGCCGGGUCUGCCUGACGACGAUCCGGACGCCUGGAGCGGCGAUGAUGAUCUUGCGCCGUCGUCGGCUCCCACGCCGCUGAGCAUCAGCCGCAUGGGCAGCGCGGCCGCGCAGCUGCGGGAAGCAGUGCCGGACUCGGAUGAGAGCACCGGCAGUGUCGCUGCUCCGAUGCUGCCGCCGCGACCGUCUAGUGCUGCCAGCAGCACCGGCUCUUCUGGGGGCCUUUGA